CUGUUGCGAGGGGAGCUCUUGGUGAUCGAUCCUCACAUGGUGUGUGUGAGUAAAAUAAUAUCUGUGGGAUGAGCUAGGAGCUAGAGUUUCGAACCCCUUGCUUCCUUCUUGCGCUAUAAAUAGCGCCCCGAGCUCCCCUUGCACUGCACACACACACACACACGGACGAGGCAGAGUGAGCUCUGUCUAAACCCUGUGCACGCACAGCAGCUAGUGAGAGGCAGGUAGCUAGCUUGGUAGGAAGAAGGAAGCCAUGGCGAAGAAGGCGGCGGUGAUCGCCACGCUGCUGGCCCUGAACCUCCUCUUCUUCACCUUCGCCGACGCCUGCGGCUGCCACUGCGGGUCCUGCCCUAGCCCCGGCGGCGGCGGCGGCGGCGGCGGGGGUGGCGGAGGUGGUGGUGGUGGUGGUGGAGGGAGUGGUGGCGGCGGAGGAGGGAGUGGUGGCAGUGGAGGAAGCGGCGGAGGCGGUUCUGGAGGAGGCGGCAGCGGCGGAGGCGGUUCUGGAGGAGGAGGCAGCGGCGGAGGCGGGUCAGGAGGAGGAGGCAGCGGUGGCGGUGGCGGAUCAGGCGGGCUCGCGCGGUGCCCGAUCGACGCGCUGAAGCUGGGCGUGUGCGCCAACGUGCUCAACGGGCUGAUCAACCUGCAGCUGGGCACGCCGCCGAAGAAGCCGUGCUGCACGCUGAUCCAGGGGCUCGCCGACCUGGAGGCGGCGGUGUGCCUCUGCACGGCGCUCAAGGCCAACAUCCUUGGCAUCAACCUCAACGUGCCCAUCGACCUCAGCCUCCUCGUCAACUACUGCGGCAAGAACGUCCCCGCCGGCUUCCAGUGCCCCUCCUAGAACACAACAAGACAAGACCCACAUCCAUCGUCGUCCACUGCAGGCAUCCACUAUACUACGUACGUACGUACGUACGCGCAUGCCUGCAUGCAUGAUCUACAAUCCAUCCAUGGACUAGUACUGAUCUACAGCUAGUCGUAUACGUUAUUUGCUUCAUAAUUUACCAUCGCUCUUGCUAGUUUUGCUAAGCUUUACAUAUGUGUGUUGCGUGUACGUAUCUGUGCGUGUGGUAGUAUCGUUUGUACUGCUCCUUGUCAUCGAACUAGCUUACGGUAUUGUAUGAACCAUGGAAUGGAUGGAGUUCUCCGCCACAUAUGAUCUCCUGCACGUACCGCUGGCUACUACUAGCUAUUAUAUUUGCUUCAAAAAGAGGUUUGCUUCUCCUACAAUUGUAAUAAAGUAAUUAAUAUCAUGUGUCAUCAGCUUUCAGCGGUACUACUAUAUAUGUGUGAUUUUCAA